AUGCGCUUUUAUCCCAAAUUGGAUGAGUGGAUAAAUAUGAUUAAUGAUUAUUGUUGGUUUGAUAAUAACUACAAGUUGGAUGUUGAUUAUCAACAGUUAAUUAAAAUUGGAUAUGUAUAUUUGCAUAACCUGGAAUAUGUGUAUGGUUCAAUAAUUGACUAUAUCCAAAAGACCCCUUGGUAUUUUAUUUUACGUGAUUAUUUGUUUGUACAUUUUUGCUACAAGAUACUAAUUAACAUAUGCUAUGAUGUAAAAGCGUAUGGUAUUUUUGGAUCUUUAAAACGUUGUUUCCGUAUAUCCUUAAAGUAUGUGUUUAACUGUCUGUUGUCUUCAGUGUUCAUGAGGAAUAAAGUGGAUCAAGAAAUUCAGAAAACAAAGAGAACUAUUGAAAAGGAAUUGAUUCGAAAUAAUGAUCAUAUAGUAGAUUUUAUAGAAUUACCACCAACAGGUAUGUCAAUAGAUUUGGUUUUGAAUGAAUUAGAAAAAUUAGAUACCUCAAUUCCACAUUCAGAUUGGGAAGAUGGUAGAGUUUCAGGUGCUGUGUAUCAUGGUGGUCAAGAUUUGAUACAUUUACAAGCACUUGCGUUUGAAAAAUUUUGUGUAUCUAAUCAAUUACAUCCAGAUGUGUUUCCAGGGCUGCGUAAGAUGGAAUCUGAAGUGGUAUCUAUGAUUUUAAAAAUGUUCAAUGCACCUGAAGACACUGGUUGUGGUACGACUACAUCUGGUGGUACUGAAUCGCUUCUAUUAGCAUGCUUAAGUGCUAAAAUGUAUGGUGAAAGAUUUCGCGGUAUUAAAGAGCCUGAAAUGGUGGUUCCAAUUACUGCACAUGCAGGUUUUAAUAAAGCAGCUUAUUACUUUGGUAUAAAAUUACGUCAUGUGGACCUAGAUCCUAUAACAUAUAAAGUUGAUUUAAGGAAAAUGGAAAGGAUGAUUAACCGUAACACAGUGUUAUUGGUGGGGUCUGUUCCCAACUUUCCUCAUGGUAUCGGCGAUGAUAUUGUGGGUAUUGGGAAUUUGGCCACCAAAUAUAAUAUUCCAUUACAUGUUGACUGUUGUCUUGGAUCAUUUAUUGUUGCGUUUAUGGAAAAAGCAGGGUAUGGAGAGGAUAUUGAGCCAUUUGAUUUCAGGGUUCCAGGUGUAACUUCAAUCUCGUGCGAUACACAUAAGUAUGGGUUUGCACCAAAGGGCUCCUCUGUGAUUAUGUAUAGAAAUGAGAUUUUAAGGAUGCAACAAUAUUAUAUCGAGUCGGAUUGGGUUGGAGGUCUUUAUGGUUCGCCUACAUUAGCUGGGUCACGUCCUGGUGCAUUAGUAGCUGGUUGCUGGGCCACCAUGAUCAAUUUAGGUGAGUCUGGAUAUAUUGAAUCAUGUAAAGAAAUUAUUGGAGCAGCAAGGAAAUUGAAAGGAUAUAUACAAGACAGAUUGCCAGCAUUGGAAAUCAUUGGUGAUCCUAAAUUCAGUGUGAUCUCAUUUAAAUCUGAAAAAGUAGAUGUUUAUGAAUUGUCAGACAGAUUAAACAAGCGUGGUUGGCAUUUGAGCACAUUACAGAAACCUGCGGCACUACAUUUGGCUGUGACUAAGUUAACUGUGAAGUCUAUUGAUGGAUUAUGUCAAGAUUUAACUGAUAUUGUAUACGAGAUGUUGAGUGAUCCAAAUCAUAAGAAGAACAUCUCUAAUGAUGGUACUAGUGCGUUGUACGGUGUUGCCGGUAGUGUCAAGACUACCGGGGUAGUGGAUAAAUUGAUUGUUGGUUUCUUGGACGCUCUUUAUAAGUUGAAACCAGAGGAAGAACAGGACUUGAAAUUUUGA